AUGAGCUACGAAUAUCUCAGUAAUGUGCAUACUGGAAGAACUGAAUGGAGGGUGAAAGUCAGAAUUAUUAGGGAAUGGAGAGGGCAAACUGCACGAGGAGAACCAUAUAAGGGUUCAAAUUUCCUACUACUUGAUGCAAAGAAUGUUAGGAUGCAAGCAUUUGUGCCACUUUUCCUCUUGGAAAAGCUUCAAAAAAUGUUUACUGUUGGCAAGAUGUACACAAUCACAAAUUUCCAAGUCAAGAACUACACCGAGUUGGACAAAUGGAGGUGUGUGAGCAUUGACAAACAAAUCCAGUUUACAAACCAGACACGUGGGAAGGAGAUGGACGAAAAGGAAUAUUUUAUUCCACAAAACUGUUUCGAGUUCUGUGAUCUCGGAGAUAUGAAGAGCUUGGCAAACCAAACCACUUAUCUUGCAGAUGUUGUCGGAGUUGUGACAAGAAGAGAUGAUCUGAAGUUAGUUCACACGAAGCAGGGAGUCGACAAAUAUCAGUUAAGAAUGAUAAUCACAGAUGGAAGCCAUUACUUAAAUGUAACUCUCUGGGGAGAUCUUGCUGAGUGUUUCCAUCAGGAGGUCAGUUCAUCUACUUUUGAAGAACCUCUGAUUAUCAUUAUCGCAGCUGGGAAAGUUGGUAUUUUCCAAGAUGAAUAUGAUCUAUGCAACUUCAAUCCCACGGCUUACUACAUCAACUAUAACCACCACAGUGUCGCCCAUUUACGCAAAAUGAGUACUGAUCCAAACUUUAAGAAAGAACACAUAAGAAUCAUACAGACUAAAAAGGAACCCAAGCUCAUGUCAAUUCAGGAGAUCAAGCAACUGGGGGAAGAUUAUAUUGAGGAAGAGGUUAUAUGUCAGGUUCGUAUCAACACUGUUCACGAAUCAAACAGCUGGUUUUAUGCGGAAUGUACAACAUGUUACAAGCAAAUUGAUAAGGUUGAAGAUGUAUACUACAGGUUUGGAAUUUGUAUCACGGCCACAGACACAACAGGGGACAUUGAUAUCCUACUCAUGGACCGACCAAUUCGAAAACUCUUUGGAAAGACUGUUUUCCAGAUGGAGGAUGAGGAAAAGGGUCAAUUCCCCGCAGCAUUGAAGACAAUGGAAAAAGAUGACUACACAAUUAAGCUCGAAAUAAGGGAGUUUAAUAUUAAAGACAAGGAGGAACUUUACGUGGCAAAUGACCUGUACAGAGGACUUGAGAUGCAUACUGCCGUCAGAUUGCCUACAUGUUCUGUCCAGCAACCAACAGAGGUUUCAGUUGCACAGAGUUCUGGGAACAAGGGGAAUGGUGUGGUGAUUGGUAUGGAGAUUGAUGUGGUGAUUGGUGUUGUUCUGAUUGUUGCAUUUGAAGAGGUUCUGGUUCUUGUGGUUGCUGUUGUUGCUGUUGAGCUUGUUGAAGUUGUUGCUGUUGAGAUGGAAAUCCCAGGAGAAGAUCACAGUAAAGAUUUGAAGUCCCAAAUUCGAGCAAGAGUCGCGUAUUACAGCCUCGAAAUCGUGAACGAGGGUUUGAUUUUUAAGAAAAAUUUGGCAUUAUAA